AUGGCUCCUCCAUUGAAGACUGGUAGUCGCAACAUCUCCUACACAUUUCUAAAUCCGAAUCUGGAUUCUCUCGACUGUUUGGUUAAGAAGAUCACGCCGGAUGAAACAACCAGGUUCCGUGAAAAGUAUGGGUAUAUUCUGAGUCUUCUCAAGAUGCCGUUCACCAAAUACGAGCAAGAAGGAGUUCAUACCUUGCUUCAGUUCUACAACCCUUCUCUCCGUUGCUUCACGUUCCCUGACUCCCUUCUGGUUCCCACAUUGGAAGAAUAUUCUCUUUUCCUUGGUGUUCCGAUCAAGAAGGGAGAAGUUCCGUACUAUAGCACCAUGGAGGCUCCCACUUCUAUUGAAAUCUCCAAGGCUCUUUAUUUGAGCAAGUCAGUUGUUGAUGCAAAUCUUUCCGAGAGAGGAAGAUCUCAGGGUUUUCAUAUGGAGUUCCUGGUCAAAAGAGGGUGUGAUGCUGCUGAAGCGAAAGAAUGGGACACUCUUAGGGCUAUCCUGGCUCUAAGUAUCUAUGGUAUCCUAAUGUUCCCGAACGUGCCUGAUUUGGUUGAUAUGAGUGCAAUCCAUUUGUUCAUUCUGCAGAAUCCUGUUCCUACACUUUUGGGGGAUGUUUAUCAUUCAGUUCAUCAAAAGAAUCGUCAAAAGAAGGGUUUGGUCAGAUGUUUUGCUCCUUUGCUAUACCGUUGGUUCAGAUCACAUUUGCCUGAACGUGGAGCUUUCGUUGAUAGUAGGCACGCCUCUAAAUGGGCUGAAAGGAUUAUGGGACUUAGAGCCAAAGACAUUGUAUGGUAUAACAAAUCUUUGGAAGACAAGGAGGUUAUCAUGAGUUGUGGGAAGUUCAACAAUGUGCCCCUCAUGGGUGUUAGAGGUGGGAUCAAUUAUAAUCCCGUCUUGGCUAGGAGAACUUAUGGAUAUGCUUUCGUCAAUCCUCCUGAGCAAUCUGAAAUAGCUGAGAACAUUUUCUAUCAUGUGGUCACCGACAAUGGGCAGAUGGCAGAAGCUGUACAAGCCUGGAAGAGUAUUUGUUGGAGAGACAAGAAGCAUUUUGGUCAAAGGGACUGUGCGACUUAUGAAGACUAUACUAAGUGGGUCGAAACUGUGGCUAAUACCCAAGGGAUGCCUUUCCCUAUUAAGGAUCCUUUGUACCCUCCUGUUGGCGCACAACCCAACAUUGUCUCCAUGCCUCGUUAUAAUCAGACUGUUGAGCAGAAUCGGAAAUUGACUGAACAAAUGGAGACGAUGCAAGUUAAGAUGAAUACUGAUAGGCAAUAG